GCAGGCCGAUCAGGAUGACGAUGAUUCGGAGGACGCGCGAGCAGUACCUGGCGCCGCCCUGGCUCUGAAAACGCUGCUGGGGUUGCUGAACUCUGGCUCUGUUUGUUGGCUUCCCAAGCACAUUUUCUCCUGCGCGAUCGCACGUGAAAAAAAGUACCCUGCGCUGCCCGGUGCGGGAAAAAAAAAACAGAGAGGGGGCGCGGGGGGGGCGCCCGAAGAGCCGCUGCGCACACCUGCCUGCGGCACUUGUCCACCCCGGAGGGGGGCCUUCGGGUUGGGUUGGGGUGGUUUGGUGGGUGGUGACGGUCAGCCCACCUGGCUUCCAAUAUCACUUCUUGAGGGCGGGGUUCGACGUCGGCAGGUCGGUGUCCCACGCCGCGAGGCCGGCGCAGCCUCGGUAGCCCUCGGGGCGCACCAGCCCCGGCUUGCGGCAGGAGCCGCCGAGGGACUCGUAGAAGCCGGAGCUUGAGCGGGCCGAUCUGGGAGAUGGGCGGGACGUCGACGCCCGACUCAAAUCUCCUCCGACGUGGCGCGCAUGCGGUAGCGGAAGCCGUUCUUCGCCAGGAUCUCGAACAUGGCCUUCUCCCCGACGUAGUAGCCCUCGUGCACGACGAGCUGGCCGAUGCCCUUCGGCCCGAUCUCGAUGAGGUCCAGGCGCCACCGUCGCGGCCCGACUGCGGAGCACGGCGCGGCGGGGCCAGGCUGCUGCCGGCGAAGGCAGCCGGGCGCAGCAGGCAGCCCAGGGCGGAGGCGGCGAGCACAGCACCAAGGGCGCGGCGGCCCACGGCCAUGGCGAACAGUUCAGGGGCAACCGAAGGCUGUUCGGGGUGGCGGUGGAGCGAGUCUGUCCAGACUGGAGCCAGGACGGCGGCCGGAGGCGGCGAGGGCAGGGGGCGAGGACGAGG